AUGACCAUGAAACUAGUAGGAACUCGCACGGUUUUGCCAUACGAGACCCCGAGACUGAGGGACCAUUACGUGCUGGGGACGAAGCUCGGGCAAGGCCAAUUCGGCACGACGUACCGAUGCAUCCACAGAUCCACCGGUGCCGUCUACGCCUGCAAGUCGAUCCCGAAGCGGAAACUCGUGUGCCGCGAGGAUUACGACGACGUCUGGAGGGAGAUUCAGAUCAUGCACCAGUUGUCUGACCACCCGAGCGUGGUGCAGAUCAAGGGGACGUUUGAGGACUCGGUUUUUGUUCAUUUGGUCAUGGAGAUCUGCGAGGGUGGGGAGCUUUUCGACAGGAUUGUGGCUAAAGGUCAUUAUAGUGAAAGAGAGGCGGCUAAGCUUAUCAAAACGAUUGUUGGGGUUGUUGAGGCUUGCCAUUCCCUUGGGGUUAUGCAUAGAGAUCUCAAGCCAGAGAAUUUCUUGUUUGAUUCCCCUGGUGAUGAUGCUGUUCUCAAGGCCACGGAUUUUGGCUUGUCUAUCUUCUAUAAGCCCGGACAACGUUAUUCUGAUGUAGUCGGGAGUCCCUUUUAUGUUGCACCAGAGGUUUUGUGCAAGCAUUAUGGACCAGAAAUUGAUAUAUGGAGUGCUGGUGUUAUCCUUUACAUCUUGUUGGGUGGUGUUCCACCAUUUUGGGCCGAAACCGAAUCCGGGAUAUUCAAACAGAUUUUACAUGGGAAACUCAACUUUGCAUCCGAGCCGUGGCCUAGUAUCUCUGAAAGUGCGAAAGAUCUAAUACGAAAGAUGCUCCAGAGGCACCCGAGGCAGAGAAUUACAGCUUAUCAAGUCCUAUGUCACCCAUGGAUCGUCGAUGAUAGAGUUGCCCCGGACAAACCUCUGGAUUCCGCCGUGCUGUCACGCCUGAAGCAGUUCUCGGCAAUGAACAAACUUAAAAAGUUGGCUCUGCGCGUCAUUGCAGAAAGACUCUCCGAGGAAGAAAUCGGUGGUCUGAAAGAGUUGUUCAAAAUGAUCGACACUGACAACAGCGGGACGAUAACAUUUCAGGAACUCAAAGAUGGUUUAAAGAAAGUGGGAUCUGAACUAAUGGAAUCCGAAAUCAAAGCUUUAAUGGAAGCUGCUGAUAUCGACAACAACGGAACGAUCGACUACGGCGAAUUCAUCGCCGCGACGCUGCACAUGAACAAGAUGGAGAGAGAGGAAAACAUACUCGCUGCAUUUACCUAUUUCGACAAAGACGGUAGCGGCUACAUCACCAUUGAUGAACUCCAACAAGCUUGCAAAGAGUACGGCCUAGGGGACGUUCCGCUCGAGGACAUGAUCAGAGAAAUCGACCAAGAUAACGAUGGGAGAAUAGAUUAUGGGGAAUUUGCAGCAAUGAUGAGAAAGGGAGAUGGGUUGGGAAGAAGCAAAAGCAUGAGAAACAACAUCAACAAGAACAUAGCUGAUGCCUUUGGAAUGGGAGUGAAAGACCUAACAUCACUGCCCCCUACCACUACUACUACCUCUUGUCCUUCUUCUAGUUAGCUACUUUUUUACAUUUACCUUUUACAUUUACGUUUACAAAUUACCAUACUCAAAUCCAAAGGCUAACCUACCGUAAUGUUUUCUUUGGUUGAGUUUGAUUUUGUAUAGACACUGUGAUUGUAUUUAUUUAUUUUUCAAGCUGAUU